GUGACGUUGCGAAGUGCAGUCAGGGCACAGAGCGGCCGUCACGAGCUGCCAUGGCGGCAGCUGUGCCGCCGGAGAUGGCAACGGUCUUGGCGGCCCAGCUCGCUGCGGUAGCUGGGGCGCGAGCGCUGAUGACGCCGAGUGCGCGGCCUGCCUCGAAGAAGGCUUCGGCCAAGGAGCUGUGCGACAGGUGGUUUCUGGCCUACGCGGCCGUGUGGAUUCCCUGCUUUGCCGCCAUCGUCGGGCUCGAGCUGUACCUCGCGUGGGGUAGGUGGCACUACAUGGCCGUGUGCGCCGGACUCGCGGCGCCACUGCUGCUGCAGCCAGUUCUGGCACCCAGCCUUACAGGCGAGGCUGGCGUGGACCUUCUGGAGAGGUACUCACUAAAAGCGAAUGUGUGGAUCGCAGUUUACUCCUUCCUGGGGAAUUAUUGGGGAACGCAGUACUUCUACAGCAUCCUGGGGUGCAGGCUGAAGCUCAGCCUCGAGGUGUACACGAUCGGUUCCGCGUUCUAUGCACUGUAUCUGGUCGUGUCGUUUCCAAUGUUCUGGCGGCUGGGUGGCACCGACGGUGCCAGGCACUCCGUGUACGAUGCGUGUCUGGAGGCUGCAGGCACCUGGAUGAUCAUAAUGAGCCUGCUGGAUGCGGUACGGCUCUGGGUUGGGGCGGACUUCUCCAUGCCAGGAUA